GGCAAACAACCGCACCGAAACCAUCAAGAUUGGUUUUUUUGUGAAAGUCCAAAGUCCAAACUUUGACUCAUCAACACCGCCAUUCCUACUUUUCUCAACCCUUCCAAACCAAAGAAACAACUCAACCCAUCACCAAAGCUGUCGAUUUCUUUCAUGUUAUUUUAGCCCGCAAUGAAGAAGCUUUCUUGAAUCUUGAAAAUAUCCGAUGGAUUCGCCCCUAAAGGAGAAGUUUUGCAGCCUUGCAGUCUCGGAAAAUGCACUGAUUACCACUCUCUGCAAUUCUAUCCAGGCUCUUGGCCGUGGCUUCGAUGUCACUUCUGACAUCAGACUGCUGUACUGUAAGGGCGUCCCAGGGUCCCGUUUGGUGCAUAUCGACGAGGAGCAUACCAGGAAUUGGGAAAUCUCUGAGUCUUGUGCGAUCCCUAAUGUUUCGGUGGACAUUGAGCUGUCCAAGGGCCAGAAUUCGUACGAGAACACACCUGUCUGGAGCUUCCAUGAGAUGGCAAGAACCUUCAAUGAAAAGUCGAAUGUACCUGGUGAUAUGCCCCUUGGAAGCUUCAAUGCAAUGUUCAAUUUUAGUGGUUCUUGGAAACUUGAUGCUGCCGUUACGAAAUCACUCGCAAUGGUCGGAUAUAUAAUCCCACUAUUUAGGGUCGAUCUAGCAAAACCCGAUUUAGCCUUGCGCGAUGAAAUCAAACGAGCAGUUCCAUAUUCUUGGGAUCCAGCCUCUUUGGCAAGCUUCAUCGAAAACUAUGGCACACAUGUUGUAACUUCUGCAACAAUUGGUGGAAGGGAUGCAGUCUAUAUAAGGCAGCAUCAGUCAUCGCCGUUAUCGACAUCGGAUAUCGAAAACUAUGUGAAAGACAUUGUUGAUCAGAGGUUCUCAGAUUCCAGGGCCAAUACAAGUGCCGGCGCAUUAAAAUACAAGGACAAGGAUGUUACUGUCAUCUUUAGAAGGAGAGGGGGCGACGACCUAGAGCAGAGCUACACAAAAUGGGCAAAGAGUGUCGAAACGGCACCUGAUGUGAUUAACAUGACGUUUACGCCUAUUGUAUCUUUGCUUGAUGGGGUAGCUGGAAUAAAACACUUAUCGCGCGCUAUUGAGUUAUACUUGGAGUACAAGCCACCGAUAGAGGAUCUACAGUACUUCUUAGAUUUCCAAAUCUCUCGGGUUUGGGCUCCGGAAGUGAACAACUUGCAACGGAAAGAACCUGUUUGCCCGUCUCUUCAUUUCAGUUUAAUGGGUCCUAAGUUAUACAUAAGCCCAGAUCAGGUUACAGUUGGCCGUAAGCCGGUCACCGGACUAAAGCUCAGUCUUGAAGGCAGCAAACAGAACCGCCUCGCGAUCAACUUGCAGCACCUAGUUUCCCUUCCCAAGAUCCUUCAGCCCCACUGGGAUGCCCACGUGGCCAUCGGCGCGCCCAAGUGGCAAGGACCCGAAGAACAGGAUAGCCGCUGGUUCGAGCCCAUAAAGUGGAAGAAUUUCUCCCAUGUCAGCACGGCACCAAUAGAAUGCACCGACACAUGCAUUGGCGAUCUCUCAGGGGUCCAUAUUGUCACCGGGGCGCAGCUCGGUGUUUGGGAUUUUGGCGCUAAAAGUGUCUUGCAUCUCAAACUCCUCUUCUCGAGAGUACCGGGAUGCACGAUAAGGCGAUCCGUGUGGGACCACAGUCCAUCCAAUUUGUCCGCGGGACAAAAGGCAGAUGGUUCUUCAUCUUCAUUGUUGAAUGAGAAAGGGGACGGUUCGGGCCAAAUUGGGAAACUGGCGAAAAUAGUGGACAUGACUGAAAUGUCGAAAGGAGCGCAAGAUAUGCCAGGUCACUGGCUUGUGACGGGAGCCAAGCUUGGAGUCGAUAAAGGGAGAAUCAUGUUACGCAUCAAGUACUCUCUAUUGAACUACUGAUAGAUCAUUUUUUUUUUUCUAGCAUUCUCACUUGUAUUAUUGUACCUUCGCCUUUUCACAGGUUAGGGAUGUUUCGGCAUUGUUCCUUUAUUCUUCUUUCUUGCAUAGCUUGUCGCUUAGUCUAUUCUUGUGUACAUUUGUUGAUAUGAUUUUUAUGACGAUGCGCUUGGCCAUUUUUCGGUU